AUGGAUAUCGAUCCUACCCGUCGAAACAAGAAGCCUCGUCUACUGAGCGAAGCAGAACGGGAGAAGCUGGCGGACUUCGUUGAAGCGAUUCACUACUCAUCACGGUAUAAUGACGAUUUGUUCGAGUACCGACACGUCCAAUUGCCCAAACAGAUGCUCAAGGCGAUUCCCAAGGAUUAUUUUGACGGAAGCCGGGGCACGUUAAAGCUCUUGUGGGAAGACGAGUGGCGUGGGCUGGGGAUUACACAGAGUCUCGGAUGGGAGCAUUACGAAGUCCAUGAGCCCGAACCGCACAUUCUUCUUUUCAAGCGACCCAUGGCCGGCGAGUCGGCUCAGUGA